AUGGAGACUAUCAUAGACCCCUUCAGCCAGAUUUUAUGGCAGGCUCCUUCGACGCUGCCAGAGAGCAGCGUACAGCUCCAGCCAAUAGAGGAAGAAGUCAGAGAGCAGCUAAAUCGGAAUGAAAACAGGUUUCCAACCUUUUUAGCCCAUGUCUCAUCCCUAGAAAAGAAAGGCCGCAAUACAGAAACCGUUUUCAUUGACGAGUACAUCCAAGGCUUCACUGAGCGAUCAUUCAUCGACCGCGGGGCAACCUUCUCAGUGGAACGAGCCAUCGCAAUCCCAAACCCUCAAACAAUCAACUCCGCACCGUCAGUCAUCCGCCAAAAGCGUGUCGUGGCUUUAAAAACAGUUCGAAUCCAGUCUCAGUCUGAUGAUCUACCCAAAGCAGGCUGGGAUCACGUAUUGCUCGAAAUUCGCGCUCUUCUUCACGAAACCCUCCGAUAUCACCCUAAUAUCGUGCGACUCGUCGGCUUGUGCUGGGGACCCAACGGAGCAUCCGGAAGCGUUUAUCCUCAACUCGUCAUUGAGCAUGCUGAGCACGGAACGUUAGAGGAUCUUCAGAAUAACUCGAAAUCGCCUCUUUCGUUCGCUGUCAAGCAAAAGCUGCUGUAUGAUGCGGGGAAAGGUCUCUCGAUUAUUCACGCCUGCAGCAUUAUUCACGGCGACAUCAAGCGCCAGAACGUGCUGAUCUUCGCCGAUAAAUCCAGCCAAGGGGCUUAUGUAGCUAAACUAGCUGAUUUUGGAGGCGCUGUCUAUGGUUCUGAGAAGUAUGACUCUUAUCGCUUCAUCUGCAAGACACCGAGAUACGCGGCACCGGAAACCGACGGCAUCGUUACUGCUGAGGCCGCAAAGCUAUGCGACGUUUAUUCUUUUGGGUUACUUGCCUGUGAAACCUUUGCAGAUGGGGACUUGGCCAAUCUUCAUUAUGAAUUUAGUCCUCGGCGGGAGGCGUCGGGUUCAUCGGUAACCCUGGCUCAAUUGAAGCGGUCGGGACGACUUUUACACAGAGCGACGUCUAUGAUUCAGGAUUACUUUGAUAUGCGUGAGAUUAACCAAGAUUGUACGGAAAUGGUUCUGUAUGUUCUCGAACAAACUAUUCAAAAGAACCUGACAGAUAGGUCCUUGGGAAGGGCACAGGCUGCUCUUAGAGGUGUCCCUGCAGAUGGUGCUGGACUAUUCUUGGGCACCGUGGGAGCUACUUAUGAUCCUCAAAAUAACACCCCCGGCUUUCGGCCCAUUGUCAAGGCCCCAGUGAACCCGGGGUUCGUCUUUGAGCCUGAAAAGCUAAAGAAUAUCUUGUCUUGGCAGCAGCAAGAGCAUAUACUCCAGGCUCUUCAAGUGAUCUCCGAAUCUGGUGAUCAUAGCCGUGACGUGGAGCUCCAUAAACUCUUUGCAGCCUGGUUCCUUUUCCGAUGCCAUAUAGCCGAAUUCGGCACGUCUCUCGACCCCGAAAAAGCGUGUACAGCGCUUCGAAGAGCUGCAAGCGAUGCGGUUACUGGAUCUGAUGAUUCGAGCGGGUUUGAAUAUCUCGCAGCAUCUUGUGUAUGGCGCGUGAGCCAAGCCUUGGGACAUACACCACCUGAGCUGAUAGCUGCCUUUCCUUCUAGUCUACAGUGGGCUACUCUUCGAGGUGGAUGGCAAGCUGGUCAAGAUCUUGAGGACGCUUUGCCGCUGUUGAGUGAUGAACAGAGACAAAAUGCAACUGAAACGUACCAGAAUGCCCGGAGACUUGCGAAUUACUUCAGUGGUGUUCCUGGUUCACUUGCCUUUUUGCCGCGACAUUUGAGAAAAGAAUUUUCGGUCGAUAAUGCGGAGACACUUCAAAAAGAACUCAGAGAGGAGCUUGGAGGACUCUAUGAACAGUCGUUGAAGAGCUCACCUGCAACGAACGAGCGUAUUCAGCAAGUGACUUCCUUCGACAGGAUCUUUGUCAACAGCCGCGGGCAUGGAGUUCUGCACAUGGCGGCAGCCCGCGGACAAGCCCUGACGAUUGAACAUCUUAUCAACACGUUCAAGCUAAACAUCGACCUGCCAAACCAAGACUGCGAAGAAACACCGUUGGUCUGUGCCUGUCGAAAUGCGCACUUGGAAGCAUCUCUGGCACUCCUUCGCCACGGCGCGAAUCCGAAGGGUCAUCCUCUUGGACAAGACACUCCUCUACACUGGCUCUGGAGAUUUGAACAACACGAGAUGAUGCAAAUGGCUCGAGGCCUGCUGGACGCCGGCGCCCUGAUCGAUGCUCCGUCGGGUGGUAUGAGAGCCGAGGUUCUUAAAGCGCACGCUGACUGGGAGGGAACCAUGUCUAUUCAGACCACACCUUUGGGUCGAUGUGUUCUCUUCCAGAAUAUCCACGCUGCUCAAGUACUCAUUGCACUUGGAGCUGACCCUAUAAUUCAAGUUGAUGGAAAGUCGCCUAUCCAACUUGCCGCUAUGCUAGCAUUGCCAAAUUUCCUUCGACUGUUCUUAUAUCAAGACCAUGAUGAGUCCAAGAUCUCGGGAUUGUUUAAUGGUUUUGAUGACCUCACACUUUUGAAGGCGACUCAGGAGCAAAAGGCUGGUAAUAGAGAUACGUUUUCGUUGCUUAGCCGACUCAUCAGAAACGGCCCGAGAUAUCGUUCUGAUGUCGAGGAAACGUUCGCCAUUUUCAAAGAGCAGAGAGAACUAAUGGGAGCCGCCUCUUCCAGUGGAUCAUCAGGAGAAGCCUUGUGCAUGCAGAUUCGGCUUGGAAAUCGUGAUAUUGUCGCAGCGUUGCUGAAAAUGGGCCAUAAUCCGUCUGGCUCGCCUGAUCAUCGGCCCAUGCGUGAAGCGAUCAUACUCAAUGACGAGAAAGUAUUUCGACUGUUGAGAAACUACGGCUGUGAGAUCGAAAGUUAUCCUGAGUGGCCACGGACUCUACUCCAUGACCUGGCGGCGAGACCGGCUUCUUCUCCCCCUGGGAUUGUCAUAGCGGAAGAGCUCAUAGCGUCAGGGGUUUCUGUUACGGAUCAUCCAGCAGGGACUAGACCGCCUGUUGUUGAAGCUAUCUUACAUGGAUACAUUGACCUAGCGAAUCUCCUCAUACAGCAUGGAGCGCGAAUCAGCUGUGCUUAUCAGUUGGGACCCGAGCUCCCAAGGAUUUCCGUCUUCAAGGAGCUCAUUGAGAAAAGAACAGAGACAUCGCUGUCCAUCUUGCGGUCUCUGCUGACGCCAAAUGAUUCAACAUCGGAUCGAGGGUCCGUCCUACAUCACAAUGAACAGUUUGACUUUAUCGUAGAUCACAUCGGUGACCCCGCCGAACAACAAAGUGCAUGGACUAUCCUUGCUACUUCGCCACCAGCACGCAAGAACGUAGUGGAAGCAGAGAUCUACAUGGCGCAAGUUCAAUGUAUGCUUGCAGAGAAUUCACCCUUCGCUACCAAAGAGUGCAUAAACUUUGAUCAUCCGAAGUCUGGCACCGCCUUGUGCCGAGCCGCUCUGUUCCAAAACCAUUUCCUUGUCGGAAAGCUGCUACGUAGCGGUGCAUAUCCCAAUAUCAGGUUCCGUCAAGACUUUGGACCUGCACAACGAUACUUUGGCAAUGGUUCACCAAUCAAUCUCGCGCUGGGUUGCUAUGAGGUUGCUAUUGAAGGCUGGAGUGAGACUGUGCCAGAUUCUAUGCUGGAGGACAUGAGAAGUGUUAUAAAUGAAUUAGAGUCUAUUCCGGACUAUCCGGAGGAAGCGCUUACUCGCGGAGAGGCACUGAGGAAGCGGCAUGAGGAUAUACUAAAGCUGCGAGAUGACGGAUGGGAUAUGCAGGCGCAGAUGGCCAACAUGAGCAUUGAGCAAGGACCGGUUGACCUAUCAAACAUGAGCGCGGUGCAAGCGCCAGACCUGGAAGAGUCUCAACGGGAGAUGUUCCAGGCUACAGAGACGAUUAUUCGGUGGAUGUUUAAUUCGCAGCGCUACGGAACAAUUGGGCGAGCAGAAAUGGCCAGGAUAGCAGAAGGCGAGAACGCAUAG